AGGACACAAAGCACUGCACGAAGCAUGCAGGCAAGGCUGCACAGAGGUGAUCGAAGAACUGCUGAGAGUAGGAGCAGAUGUGGAUGUAAGAGGGCAGAAUGGAGAGCUGCCCCUUCACUCUGCUGUAUCUGGGUCUCACUAUGAGGCUGUAAGACUACUUCUUCAGUUUGGUGCUAACCCAUAUGAAAAAGACAUGUUUGGUGAAAGUUCCCUUGACAAAGCUACAGAUGGCAGAAUCAGAGAAAUGCUUCUGUUAUAUUAUGCAGAAGGGACUUCACAGGUAGAAAGUAAAAAGCAAGAUUUGGUUGCAUCAAGUUUUGCCAGCAUGCUGGGAUCUAAAGACUCAAUGAAUCCAAGAAGGCAGAAGAAAAGCACAGGAGAAAGGAAUAAGAAUGAAAAUGAAAACACUUCAUGUAAAUUGGUAAAUGAAACAACUGAAACAGGAAAAUCAGAGACUGGAAUACUGGGGCACUUACAAUGUGCAGCACUAAUGCAGACUGCAGCACUAGGCAGUGGAGAGGAGCUGGAUAAAUGGAUGAAAACAUCAAAUCUAAGCCAAAAUACAGCUUUUACCUCAGAGGACAGUAACACAAAUGAACCAUGUAACUCUUCCACACAGGAAUUACCAAUGGCACUAAAUUCAUAUAACUUUGAGUCCUUCACACAAGAAGUAACUUUUGAAGCUGCAGAUUUUGGAAAGCAAAAUAAAAAGAUUAAAAAAGCAGAAGAUCCCUUUAUAGGAGUGUAUGAAGAAUGCAGAGCUGAAGAUAGUGUUAAACAGAUCCCAGAACCACAGAGGGAAUUAAAUCUUGCAUUCAGCAGGGAAUAUCACUAUGAUGAAUUGCAAAAGAAAAGUACUGUUGCUCUGACUCCAGAAGUUGAUGGAUACCAGGAAUCAAUACAAAACAGUUGCCCAUGUGCUCCUUCAAACAGUACAGGCAGCUAUGAAAAGAAGGAUGAUGUACAUGUAAAUGAUUGUUCUUCUCUCAUUCCCAAGACUGAUGGUCAAUUUUCUGCACAAACCUGCAACAGAAAUGAAAAUAGUGCUGCCAUGCUUCCAGAUGUUGAGGCUACAGCCAAAUAUCCUAAAACAAACAACAAUUUAAGCUGUGACACUGGUGUUGAAAUUGCGAGAUCAAACGAAGCUGGUUGUACUCAGUAUGAACCAUCAAGUGGCGUUGAAGACGAUUGUGGUGAAUGUAGUAUGUCAUUGCUUGCACCUCGAAUCACUCUUAUCAAGAAGCUGGCGGUUAAACGGAGCCUUUCUGAUCUGAAGGAUAGGACUGACAGAAUGCAGAUUUUCCUCUCAAGAGAUAAGGAGUCAACAACAGUUUUAUCUCAAAGUAAUAGUAGAACAAUCUCAUUGCUUUUGGAAGACAAAAUCAGUUCUGAUGGUGGUUUUCCGAGUUUGCAUCCCUUCACAAGUAGUGAUUUCAGUAAUAAGUGUGUCUUGAGCAAACCUGAUAUGGUGUCAAACUUUAUAGGGAAGAGCAACAAAACUCUUUCUUUUUCCUCUGAAUCCCUGCAGAUGUGCUCUCGUUAUAAAGAUUUUGAGACUAGUAACGGCAUGACAAAUAUUGAGGAAGAUGGACCAAAUGAGAAAAAUAGCAAUGAUGUAACUGUACUCAAGACUGUUAGCAAGGAACUCGUCAAGGAUGAUAACACAAUUCUAACAACAAUAACAGAAGCGACAUCUUCAAGUGAAGUAUUGGAUGUAGAAAACAAGCAGAGUCGGAAACAAGAGAAGAAUUUUCACGGUCAUACCACUUGCACUUACUUCGAAGACUUUCAGGCAGCCUCCGAGAUCUCAGACUGUGAUUCUCAACCAACUCUUAGUCUGUACAAUGCAAAUAGCAGGAGAAUAGAUCAGAUAAUUGAAGAAGACAGGGAUUCGGCUGCAUAUACUUUUUUGAGUACUGAUUCAAUGGCAUUACAGAAUUCAGGAACAAACGUAUCUAACAAUAAAGACCUAGGGGAAGGGAUAGAAAUGAAAAUUAAAGAACUGCCAAAACUCUAUGAAGUCGGUGAAGAAAAGUCUUGCAUUAUGAAUAUCAAUACCUCUGAUGUUGGCAGCUCAGAAUCUUGUAGUCUAAAAUGUAGUGAAACUGGAAAGGUGGUAAUGAAAGAAGACUCCAGUAAUGAUGGGGUUAAAUAUAGGGCUUUGUCACAAUGUGAUGAAGAAUCUAUUCACCACAAAAGCAGCAAUAAUUAUCCCAUAACCUCAAAAAGCUCUGUAGUCACAGUGCUAACUUCGAUGUCAUUAGGAAAUAAUGUCCUAGAAAAAAACAAUGACAUUCCUCUGCAAGAUCCAACCAGGUCUGAAAUACAUCAUGAAAACAGUUCAUGUGAUUCAGAUAUCACAUUGAUUUCAGAAUUUAGCUGUGCAGAUGUGGAGAAUUAUGAUGCAAAUGAAAAAAUAGAAAAGACCAAAAAUGACACAUGUGCCGCUUUCCAUCGUGUGACGAGUCCAUUCUCUUGUGAUGCUGUUAGCACAGAAACAGUUAUUGCUCAGCAAGGCAGGGGAGAAAAAGGGAAUAAUCCGCAGAAAAAGGGAAUAAACAGUAAAGACAACGGGUCACCCUUGACCACAAUUAAAAGUUCCUCUGACAGCUCUGCUGCUUCAGAAUAUAGUAAUGGGAUUUCAAAUGAAACACAUAAUCUGAAGCAGAAUGAUGAAAGUAAUUCUGAAAACACUGACGGUACAGUGCAUCUCUCCAAUAUUAACAACCAAGGCAGCUGUACAGUACAAUCUGACUGCACGUAUGUAAAUGGGAAAGAAUCUGAAAACCAGACCCAGCAAAUUAAAGAUGGACCAAGAAAACCACAUUCCAUAAAUUCUAACCAACCCUGUGAAUUUCAUCCUGCCCCAUUCUUGCAAGAGAAUGUGGUAAAGGAAGACAGUGCUUCCUGUUCAGAAUCAAGAACAAGUAAACAGUUAAGAGCUCCAUUUCCUGUGCGGAGAGUAAAUAUUCCUAUUCGAAAUCUAAACAAGAGAAACUCUCAAGGAGAAACACGGCUACACUUGGCUGCCAAGAAGGGAGACCUGUGUCUUGUUCAGUCUCUGAUACAGGCUGGCAUAAAGGUCAACCAAGCAGAUUAUGCAGGGUGGACAGCACUUCAUGAAGCAAGUGUCAGAGGACAUAGAGAUGUAAUGAAGGAGCUGUUAGAAGCUGGAGCCGAUGUUAACAGCAGAGGCCUGGAGGGAGUUACACCUAUUCAUGAUGCAGUCAGCUCUGGUCAUUACAAGGCCUCCUCUGGUUUCACCCACUGGCUGCUCUGA